UCUAUUUGCUUGGCUUCCUGACGACGAGGGGGUGUCUAACUUCUUUUUUUUUCUUUUCCGCUAUAAAGGGGAUAUCAUUUAAGAGGGAUCAUUAGCUGCGAGCAGCCCGGCUGGGUCAAGGCUGGGAGGCGGAGACGCGGCUGCGAGCRGCGAAGGUGGAGCGCCAAGGCAGAAGAGCAGGUUCAUGAAAGCAUGAGGUGGCUCUUGGGCAGCAGCCUGAAAAAUUUUGGACAUGCUGACAGGGGGAACUAUGACUGGCUAAACAGUGAACCAGGUGGGCCACUUCUGGAAACAGAGCUUCAGAGCAGACAACAGACCAGCUCAACCAAAGACGACGUGGAGCCGUUCCUGUGUAUCAUAUUGCCUGCCACCAUGAUGCUCUUCCUGGCAUUCCUGCUGCUCUUCCUGUACCGCCGUUGCCAGCGUCCCACCCAGCAGGGGCAGAUCUUCAGCAUCGACCUUCCCGAGGCCCUGCCCGAGCACGACGUGUCCAAUUUCCUGUCUGCGCUGCCCUGGAACAGCGAGCAGAGUUUCCACUACUCCACGCUGCUCCCCGAUGCCACAUUCCUGUCCGUGUGUCUGCCUCCGUCGUAUGAGGAGGCCACCAAGAAGACUUCCAUGGAAGAGGCUCACAUUGAGCUCUCUCCAGACCCAGUGCCUCCUUACGAAGAGAGCACGCUGCAGACCAGCGGCACCAAAUAAACUUCCUACGGAAGCACCUCAGCUGAAGCAUGCAGCACAAAGGUAGAACUGCUAUGGCCUUUAAAAUUUGUGAGAAGAUCCCAAAUGAGGAGCCAAACCAAUGAAUUCACGAAGGAAGAAACUUGAAGUAACAGGGAAUGAUUCUCUUCACCUCUUCUCUUCAUCCUAGGAUUCUCCACCUUCCAUUUGUGGAAAGUGUACACACAAUGUAGCCCCAAAUGCAAUCCAGAUUGGGAAACACGGGGAUUCUAGCUAAGAAACAUGUCAUGCAAGGAUUGAACCUAAGGAAAGCUGGGAAGCUUUUCCUCUGCAAUCCUUUGGCUACAAGGAAAUAUCAAUAAUAUUAUAGAUUCAGCAGUCACAAAAAGGGCUUUUAGCACAUAUUUAUUCCAGUUCCGUUUUUUUUGCGUUUUUUUCCUAUUUUAUGCAUUUAUUUUCAAACAGGUUUUUGACAAGCUGAGUUACUCAGUUUAUGUGUGUUAACAUCACAUCAUUCUGCAGUGCUCUGGAAUGAUCAACAACAGCUCUCAGGAAAGCAAAUAAAUAAAUAUAUAAUCUCUACUAAAUUUCCAGUAGCUGUCCCCAAAGGUUCAAAUGAGCACUGUGAAUAAAGGCUGUCUUUUCUCACAGUUGAACAAUGAGGACAAGCCAAGAAGACCUGAUUAUUCUGGGUGAGGAAGACUCCAWACAAGAGCACAUUCACACUGUGGCUGCAAACUGCUUGCCAAGGUCUGCAAGGUCCCAGCAUUCCAGACUACUCGCUUGACUUCUUUUCCAAUUUACAAGUCCAAAACAAUAAACUCUGUGACUUAUUUGGUGCAGUCUGUAAGGGAGUGGGAGAAAAAUUAAUAAAAUYAAAUGCACCAAACAAAAUCUGGUGAGCAUUU